AAGCGCGUUCACAGCAGGCGUCGGUGGCGCGCACAGGCCGUGGCUACAGAAGUGUGGAUGGUGUGGAGGCGCGCGACUGUAGCAGGAUGGCAAACACCAAACACACGAUGUCCACUGAUGUCGAGAGUCGGAGGCGACGGUCCACUGAGAGCUCAGAGCCCCUCUGGGACCAUGACCCCAAAGGCCGCCGCUGUAGCUCCCAGUGUGACAGACUGUGUAUAGCUGGAGCGUAUCUUGAGAUCCCAGAUACUCCUUCCCCCUGCACCUCCCAGUACUUAGGACACUACACCCCAAAAUGCCUCUCUGCCCACAGGCAUUCCCUGCAUUCACGGUGCACAGAUGAUGUCUGGCAGGAAGCGAGCAUCAGAACCACCAUCCGAGCAGAAAACGAGGUGGAGGCACAUAAACUUGCCAACAACUACAGGUUUGGUUUCAGGAAAUGGAAGAGUCAUGUAACCGAACGACCCAUUGAAGACAGGUCUGACGUAGUUAAGGAGCUUUAUUCUGACCUCAACUAUAUCAAACAUCAUUCAGGAUCACUGGUCACUCCUGGGAAUGUGAUCUAUGUAUUGCUCUUUGGCUGGUGGAUCUCCUUAUUUUACUUCUUGGUUAGUCUGUUGAUGUUUUGCACCAUUGCUGGUAUCCCAUAUGGAAAACUCUGUUUGCAGCUGUCACUUUAUUUCUUAUGGCCGUUUGGAAAGGCAUUACAGAAAAGCAGCAGCCUGCUGAGGAAAUGUUGUAUUAAAUUCCCACAUUGUGAGGCCAUUCCGGAGGUGGAUGAGAGAAAGGAUUCUUCAGAGGUGAAAGAGUCUACACCUCUGCUGCGCUCCGCUCCUGCCAUCACCACAGAAAUCCCUUUGACUACACCGCCUCCAAAACAGACUCGUUACUGGUGUCGGCUGAGUACGUAUGUUUGGCUGGUGUUGGGAUACCCCCUGCUGGCUGUGGUUCAUUUCCUGGCUAUCUUCCUGUCCUGGAUGCUGGUUUUCACCAUCCCGGUGUCAAAGAUGAACGUCAGGACCUUGAGCAUCAUCCUGCUUAUGCCACCAGAGGAGGUCGUAAUUCGGACUGUGAAAAAACCACAAGGUUGUGAGACCAGAGUUCUGCUGUGCUGUUACCAUGCCUUUAACUGGUACUACUACAAAUUUACUGUGGAUGGGAUCAAUGUGUUUGCUGUCAAUCUGUUGCCUCUGGUUAUUAUCACUCUGGUGAUCGGCUAUAUGGACAAAGAUAAUUAUUAUGUGAGCUCAGAGACAAAGUUUGCCACAGCAGUGAGCUCUAUUAUCCCAUUGUCUUACUACAUUGGGAUGGGGAUAGCAAGUAUUUCUGCACAGAGUAACUUUGCAGUGGGAGCGGUAGUAAACGCCACGUUCGGCUCGAUUACGGAGAUGGCCUUCUACAUCACAGCUUUGCUGCAGGGUCAACGUGCAGGAAACGAGUGCUACGCAGAGAUCGUCAAAUCUGCUCUGACCGGCACACUGCUGGGCUGCAUCCUCUUCAUACCUGGCAUCUGUAUGAUCAUCGGCGGCUGCAAACACAGAGAGCAGCGGUUCAACAGCAGAUCAGCAGGAGUCAGCUCAGCCCUGCUCUUUAUAUCAAUAGGAGGUGUUUUCGCUCCCACGCUGUUUUCAAAGGCUUAUGGAAACUUUAUAUGUGAGGGCUGUGACAACUUGCCUGGUAACACCACAAAGCCUUUCUUAUGUAAUAAUUGCCACUAUGACCUGAGCGAAAACAACCGACCCCUAUUUUUGAGUCACAUUGAGCCUUUAGUGUACACAAUCUCUGUCCUGUUGCCUACUGCAUAUCUCAUCGGUCUGAUCUUCACCCUUAAGACUCAUUCGCAUAUUUAUGAUAUCCACAUCAGUGAUGCCCAUGAUGUUAGUGACCAUGGUGCAGUGGUUCACUGGUCUAGAGCGAGAGCUCUAGUGGUGCUCAUUUUGGCUACAGUAUUGAUGGCAGCUUGCGCUGAUCUCAGCACUGAGCACAUCAAACCUAUCAUCUCCAACUCCAGUGUCUCACAGUAUUUUAUUGGAGUUACAGUAUUGGCCAUGGUUCCCGAGCUUCCUGAGAUAGUCAAUGGGAUCCAGUUUGCUCUUCAGAACAACAUCAGCCUCAGCCUGGAAGUGGGGAGCUGUAUUGCAGUUCAGGUGUGCAUGUUGCAGAUACCGCUACUGAUCUUGUUCAAUGCUUUUUAUGACGUUGGAUUCGUUCUCAUAUUCAGUGAUUUACACCUCUGGGCGAGCAUCUUUAGUGUUAUUCUGGUCAACUACAUAUUUAUGGAUGGAAAGUCGGACUACUUCCAGGGAACGGCUCUGGUGGUCGUGUACCUUAUUCUUCUGGCUUUAUAUUUUUUUGCACCUGCUCCUCUUGGAUGUUGAGAAAAAUGACUUUUCCCCUGUUAUCUUUUAUUGUUGACAUGUUUGUAUAGUGUUUCUGUGUAUUCUUGUCUUACAUAUACUGUAAUAUUUUCCUGCAUGUGAAGUAUGCAAGCUCUUACUUGUGAGCUAGAUGAGUGAUUUUCACUGUUUACUUGAAAAUGCAUAAAAAUAUUUUACAUUCACAAAAAAGAAUUAGAUGUGUCUAUCAAAAUGAAAUAAAUUUUGUUUUCCUUUCUUGAACUUGUAUGUAUGAAUAGCGGAGAUCCAAUGCAACCACCAGUUUGAACAAGUUUAUUAAUUUUUCAACAAUAAAACACAAAACUGGAACACAAGUUACAGGUAACCAGUGAGUACCUUGAACAUUUGCUGCACAACUGAGGAAUCGAAGUCCAGCGAGACCCCUCGUCUCAAAAAAAAAAAAAAAAAACACGAAUGUAGGGACUCCCAUCACUCCAUGCAGACCGAGUGAAAAUUGUCGCCGAAAUCAUUUCUGGAAAUAAAUGUGGCGUUGUCACGGUCUGCACGUCGCCCGAAUGACAAAGCACCCUUAAAUCCUGACCCAUGCAAACAGGAAUCCAGUCAUGCAGAAAGAAAUUGUCAGGUGGUGGGUGGCCAGGCACAUAUUAUGGGCAUGUAUGUGACCUAAUGCCAGAAAGAAGCUACUUCGACAACAUAAAUCAAAGGGUGUGUAAUAGCAAUUAUGAAUCUUUUAACAUUUGACUCGACUACAUCAAUUGCUGGUGCCUAAUGAGUGUAGUUAAAUGGCCAUGAACUGUAACAGGUUAAAAAGAACCCAACAAGGCAAAAUGCAUUAACUCUGAAUUCAAGAUGCUGUAUUUGGCGUUUCGACCAGAGAUGUUUUGAAUUCAGAGUUUAUUUUUUUUUUUUAGAUCAGCAUAGAAAAAGAUGUUCCGCUACAUUAUUGCUAAAUGACAGGAAGGUUAUCCGUUUUUCUGUACAGAUAUACACAAGGCCCAAAAUAUCAUUAGCAUUGUGCUGACCGAAUAGUUAAGUUUAAGUCGUUUUAAGUGCUAUAAAGCUUGAUGAAAAUGGUAAGUGCGCAUCUUUGUUGUAUUAGAAAUUCAGGUCAGCUUUUUCUAGAACAGAAUUUGAGUCAAAUAAUAAUAAUAAAGUGCUUUUAGCAAGGCUUUGUUUAAUUUAGCACAUUUUCACAUCUUGCUCAGCAAAGGCACUAGAUCAAUUAAAUGUGUCAAUGUGUCAGUUUAAACAUUUGGAUGAGGGAUGAUUCGUUUAAGGAAAAACAUUUUAUUUCAGUAAAAGCAUUAAAAGUAAAUUAAGGAGCACCUUGUUCACAGUGAUGUAACGAUUGGUUUACAAAACUGGGUGAAGCAUGGGAACAGCUCUGCUAUGACUGUACAGCUUUGUUAAACAUUACUUGGUCUGGUGUUUGUGCCUUAAGUGCAGAUGAAACUGCAGAUCUGAGCAACAGCAUUCAACCUAAAAAUCAACAAUCUCUGUGAAAACCCAUUUUGUUAAAACAUUCAACUUCUCAACACUGUUUUGCACCAUUUUCACUGAAGUAAAACCUUAAAUCACAAUCCCAGGCAUCAAUAAUUCUGCAUAAGUCGGUUUAGACGUCCAAACAGUUCAUUGCCAAUUAAACCCCGAUUACAUCACUGCUGAUUGAAUAUUCAUGCCAUGGUUUGGUGAUUCAUAAAACUUAAAUAAUUCUUUGACAGGAGAUAGAAUUAAGAUACAUCAGUAAAAACAACUCAACACGUCCCCCAUA